AUGGCCACCUCACCAGAAGACUCCCACCCCUUCGCCAUCCUCCCCAUCCCCAACAAAGGCUACGGCUGCAUCGCAAACCGGCCCAUCUCCCCCGGCGAAGUAAUCUACCAAGAAGCCACCAUAAUGCACAUCGCCAUCCCCGCUCAAAGACUGACCGAAACCCACAUCACCACCGCCUUCGCCGCCCUGCCCGACGCCCAGAAAAAAUCCGUCCUCUCCCUGCACGAAGGAACCCACCGUACAGACCUGCACUCGAAAGUGAUGCGGAUUUUCAAAGCCAACACGUUCGGGAAUGGGAGUGCGUGUUGGCUGCACCCGACGAUUUCGCGGUUCAAUCAUUCCUGCGUGCCGAAUGCGACGACGCAUAAUGACCCUUGCUGUUUGGGGGAUGAAGCGCAGAUUGUCGCGGAGAGGGAGAUUGCGGAGGGUGAGGAGAUUUGUUUUUCGUAUAAUAAUGAGAUGUAUGAGAUUACGACGGCGCGGCAGAGGAGGGCGUUGUUGCAGAAGCAGUAUGGGUUUGAGUGCGAUUGCAGGGCUUGUGGGGGUGGGGAGGAAGGGAGGGCGAGGGAUGCGAGGAGGGUGUUGAUCAAGGCUUUGAGGGCGAGAUUGCAUGGGUUGCGGACGUCGGAUUUUGGAAUCUUGGACGACGGGGGUGGCGAGGAGAAUGAGCUUGCGGAGUUGGAUUUGUGGGUCAAGGAAGUGCAGGUGAAGGAGGCGUUGCCAGCUGGGAAGCGAGCGGCGUAUAACGUGCUCCUUGGGAAUUUGAGGGAGGCCGAAGGGAUGCCCGCCACGGAUGUGGCAGUGGACUACUGGCAUGCGGCCGAGGCGAUGCUCGAUCAGUUGAUGCAGAUGCAGGACGUAGUCGUCUUGCAGUGGGCGAAGAAUGUCCAGCUGUACAUGGAGAAGGCAAUCGAUGUCAUGGAACGAGUGCGGUCGCCUUACGAUCACGAGUCGCAGACGUUGAGAUCAGCGUGGAAAGCGAUGCAAUCGAGACCGUGUCUCAAAGUUGCUCUUGCAUAUCUCGAUGGUGCGCUAGAGGCAAAAGGUCAUGAGUUGAUGAGUGUCGAUGAUGAGGAGCCAUUCGCGAUCCAGAUCACGAAAUCCGGGGAGCUGCAGGUCCUCUACAAGAACGAGUGCGAUAAACUCUUCGAAGCGAGAGACGACAUCUCCGUGGCCUCGCAAGAAGACGAACCGUCACCGGACGGAAUUCUGCGCAGCAUUCGUACGAAGAUGUCGACCGAAAAGCUUCGAAGCCAUAUCGCUAGCCAUGGUGUGUAUAAGCUCAUAGGCGCAGCGUUGACAUGCGCCGCUCCAGUGGCGGCAUAUUGGAUGAUGCGAUGA